AACGCAACCUUACAUAAACAUUUUUCAUUAUUAAACGUAUCGAUUAAUUGCGUUGUCACCUCGUUUGUAAAUGAAUUGUUUCAUUAUUAUAAUAUUAAACUGUAAAAUGUCAUACAGACUGUCUCGCAAUGAUAUUCGCUUCUUGAAAGUAAUGUACAAACUUAGCCAUUUUUUGUCAAUCACACCAAACUACGAUUUCGAAAAUUUCGUGAUCAUUUCGCCUCGAUGUGACAAAAUUUCUGCAAUUUGUUUCCUACUUUCGACAAUUUUAGGCACUUGUUGGAUAAUCUACGUGCGCAUUUACUGCAAAGAAAUACGUUUUUUCGAAAUAUCGUUCGAAAUAUUGGGCUCUUUGGACAGUUUAAUUCUCUUGAUGGUGCUCGUGUCGAUUAUUUUAGGUUCGCUUAAAACAAAGGAAUGGGCGAAAUUGAACAACAAGUUCCAAUAUAUCGACGAAAAACUCAAGACGCGAGACCAGAAAGAACGAAAUUUGUUUAAAAAUGCCUAUUUCCAGCUCGUUUUGUCCAUUUCUGUUUACAGUUCUUCAGUUGGCUACACUCAAUAUGUGCGUAUCGCUGCGAAGGGUUUGCCAACUUUGAAACUGUUCGCUUUACAUGAAUUUUACGGUUUUUGCUAUUUGUGGGUCCUGAUUUUAAUUUGCAACAUCGCACUUGCGUUCAAGCAGAGGUACCAGCUGAUAAAUGAACAGAUGGCUGUUCGAAUUAAUCCGAAAAAUUGUGCGAGUUUUGUGAUCGAAGUCCGAAAAUUGUCGCGACUUUUGGGCGAAAUGGUCGGUUUGUUUAAUGACAUUUUUGGUUGGCCGCUGGUUUUUAUCACUGGGCGGUUCGUGAUAAAGAUUUUAGUCGCGUUAAAUUUUUUUACAAGCACUUUGGAGAUCGAUAAUUUGUACUUGAAACACAAGCUUGAAAUUUCGAGUCUUGUCCAGACGGCAAUUACGCUGGUCGCUAUGUGUGGUUUGGUUUUAAUUUGUGACUCGGCCAAGUCUGAGAGUCAACAAACUGUUUUCCUGUGUUACAAAUUAAUGGAAAAAUUCCCGGAAAGGUCGCACGAACAACAAGAGUUGUACAUGGCGGCACAGGUGAUUGAGAAAAGUGUUGCCAACUUUACGGCCGCUGGUUUUUUCGAUGUUAAGCGGAGCACACUGUUUGGGAUUUUGGCAACGACGACCACUUAUUUGAUUGUCACGAUUCAGUUCAAUCAAGGUUUAAAUAAAUAAAAGAAAGUCGGUGGAAUAAUUUAUUACACAUUUAUAUUUAUAAUCGGGGUACUUUACUUUUAAAUUUUUCCCUAAACUUAACUGACAUAAAAUUUAUAUUUAGUAACAUUUUAACCACAACAGAACGCUAGGAACAGAAAUUUGUAACUAUUUAGUACCAAUUCCAAUUUAAGGCGAGUAUCUGAAACAAAACAUCAAGACUAGAAUAACACAGAAAUAUUUGGUCCUUAAGCAAAAAACUCGCUUUUGCUCGACAUCUCAUACUCCAACUCCUCAUUCUUGUACAUGUCGAUCA